ACCGAGCUUUACGCUCUCCUCCACGACGUCUCCUCGGCUCUCAGAGACCACGCAGGCAAAGAUGUCUUCGCCAUCGGUGGGAAAAUCGACGUCUCUCCUGGCUCGUCCAGUGAAGGCACUGCCGAGGCUUCUGUCGUCGUCCGAUGGGACUCAGGCGAGUUGAGUCAGAGCCGGAACGUCCGACUGCCCGUCAGCGACGACACCGUCUCGCAAGGUGCCUUUGCGCGGCUUCUGGCCGACUGUGAACCAGCCACGUUCGGAAUCAACAAGACGGAAGUCCUCGAUGAGACAUACCGAAAGGCAAGCAAGAUGGAUACCGACAAGUUUAGCACCGACUUCCACCCCCAUGAGCAUGGCAUUAUGGACACGAUUGUGCAGGCUCUCGCCCACGGCGAUCACACCUCCAAGCCUAGCAAUCUUGGAGUUCGAGCCGAGUUGUACAAGCUCAACGUCUAUUCCGGACCGUCGGGAAAGUUCAAGCCCCAUGUUGAUACACCACGUUCGACCGAGCAGAUGGGCUCCCUCGUAGUCUGUCUUCCGCACCCACAUCAAGGUGGCCAACUGGCAGUCCGGCACGCCGGCCGCGAGAUUGUUUUCGACUGGGCAGAGGCGAAUCCCCCCUCGAUCCAGUGGGCUGCGUUCUUCUCUGACUGCGAGCAUGAAGUUCUCGAAGUGACACAAGGCCACCGACUGACAUUGACCUACAACCUAUUCUGGACCUCAUACGGACCGGCAUUGAUGGCAAAUUGCCUUGGUGCUUUGGAGCAGGAAUCGUUCCACUUCUUCAAGUCCCUCAAAGCACUCCUCGAUUGUCCCACAUUUCUGCGUCGAGGCGGCAAGUUGGGCUUCACGUGCACCCAUGCAUACCCUCACACUUCCGACUCAUCGAUUCGCAACUUGCAUCACACGCUAAAGGGCCUUGACAUGAUGGUGUAUCAAGCCCUUCACCAACUAGUUGGCAAUGCUAGGGUGGUCACCGUUCUGGAUGACGAAGAAUACCAGGACCAAAUGCGUGAUCGCAAUUACUCUCCCGAAGAUGAUGCAAGCCGGGGGUCUAGCGUCACGGGAAGUCGUGAACUACUCUCGAAUUCUCUCGGUCCAGUAUAUCUUUGGGAUGACUUCGACAUUGAAGGAGGCCCAGAAGAUCCUGCAACAAUCGGAUCUGGGUAUAGAGAUAGAGACCCGAUAUAUUCUCGUCGAGGGGUCACAUGGCUGAACCAUAUCCCACUUUCACGGACUCACAAGGAACUUGCUGUGGCAUUCAUCACGUAUGGAAAUUCACCCGGUCUCGAUGCUUAUUACUCUUCGGCAGUCAUCAUUGCAGAGGUAGGAGUCAUGCCCUUGGCUGAAUCCACCCCAGCUUAG